AGCUUUGCUCGAAGUCCUCGAACCACCCGCUCAAGGGAAAACAGCCACCAAGAAACGCAUCCUUCCUUCCUUCCUUCCAUAUCCCUGCCUGCGCGUGCGCAUUUGUUCAUACUAAACCCCAAUCCAACCCGCGCCGCGCUAACCCCUCUCUCGGAUCGGCGGAGGACUCUCGCCAACCCCCAACGGAGGUGGUGAUCAUUCUUGUAUCAAGAAGCGUGUGUCUGCUCUGUCCUCUGGGUUUUGAACUUAAUAAGCAGCCGUGUGUACUAUCAUGGCUCAGUCUCAUGAGACAACGAGUAGGAAACCUCCUGGCCUUUGGUUAUUUAAAGGUGCCAAAGCACUAAGAAAUUACCAGACACUUGUCUUGGUCCUUACAUUCUUGGCAUACACUUGCUUCCAUAUGACUCGGAAGAUAACAAGCAUCGUCAAGAGUGAGCUUGAUCCCCAGACAAAGAUGGGGUUCUCUCGAUGGGGACGAUUGCACACAAACAACGGUCUCAAUGUUGGUUGGUAUCCAUUUAACACCACUGAUGGUUCUGCUUUGCUUGGUGAGAUAGACGUCGCAUUCCUUGCAAUGUAUUCCCUUGGGAUGUUCUUCGCUGGGCAUCUUGGUGACCGCCUUGACCUAAGGGUCUUUUUGGCAAUUGGCAUGAUUGGAACUGCAGUAUUCACUGCCCUCUUCGGUGCUGGAUACUGGCUAAAUAUUCACAACUUUUACUACUACCUGACCUUUCAGAUGAUUGCUGGCUUAUUUCAAUCAUCCGGGUGGCCUUCAGUUGUUGCAGUUGUCGGAAACUGGUUUGGGAAGAGCAAGAGGGGAUUGAUUAUGGGUAUAUGGAAUGCACAUACUUCUAUCGGAAACAUAUCCGGUUCACUGCUUGCGGCAUUUCUACUGAAGUUCGGAUGGGGUUGGUCAUUUGCCAUCCCCAGCCUUAUCAUGGCUCUUGUUGGGUUGGUGGUGCUUUUCUUCUUGCCUGUUAGUCCUCAAGUGAUGGAGAUAGACAUUGAUGAUGGGGAGAGGAACUCGGACAAGGAUACUGAAAAGGAGCCCCUUUUGGAACCAGGCCAAGAAGUGAUACAUAAGCCAAUAGGAUUCCUAGAGGCAUGGAGGAUUCCUGGAGUUGCACCGUUUGCUCUCUGCCUUUUCUUCUCCAAAUUGGUUGCAUACACCUUCCUGUAUUGGCUACCAUUCUACAUCAGCCAUACACCUAUUGGCAAUGAGUACCUCUCUGACACGAUGGCUGGCAGCUUAUCAACAAUCUUUGAUGUUGGAGGUGUGUUGGGAGGAGUCCUUGCUGGUCACAUCUCCGAUCGCUUAAAUGCGCGAGCAAUCACGGCUGCCAGCUUCAUGUACUGUGCGAUACCUGCCCUCUUCUUGUAUCGUACAUACGGAAGUAUGUCGAUGAUGUGGAACAUUUGCCUCAUGUUCAUCACUGGCAUGUUUGUAAAUGGCCCUUAUGCCCUGAUUACAACCGCCGUGUCAGCUGACCUUGGCACUCACAGCUCAUUGAACGGCAACUCCCGGGCACUGGCCACUGUGACAGCGAUCAUUGACGGGACAGGGUCGGUUGGUGCCGCCAUUGGGCCAUUGCUGACAGGAUACAUCUCAACGGAGAGCUGGAGCGCCGUGUUCACAAUGUUAAUGGCAGCGGCUCUCUUAGCUGGGCUCCUCUUGACGCAUCUUGUCUGUGCUGAGCUAAGAGGAAAGCUGUCCUCCAAUGUGAGCAAGGAGUCUGCCAAUGCGGAAGGUACCUGCUCAGAUCUAGUGUAAGAUUGUAAGCAUGAUCUGCUCGUUCUCGAGAUACGUAUGUGCAUUGGAUUCAGAUUUUUGUAGUCCCAUCACCUUCUUCAUCACUCCGGCACGGGUCUGAAGGCUAAGGGAUGUAUGUAUGUGGUUGCUGAGUGACUUACCCAGUACAACCCCAGGAAUGAGUAGCAGAGGGUAGAAAAUGUAUGUUCAGAUUAUUUUUUCAGGUUUACAAGAUAGAGAUGAAAACAGCUCAAGAUUUCUCAGCCCAAAUAUAGGAGCAAUUUAGGUGCCUUGUAAAUAUAUUGGGCAAUAAGAUUGGGGCUGUAUUUGCAUGUAUAAUGUAUUACUGCACAUUUAAGUUUGUACUGUGAUUAUUGUUUAGGGUAGACAAAAGGGAACAUCCCUUAAUGAGACCUGCAUAUCUGCUAGUUGAGAAUAUGGAUAAAUUUUUGAAUUGAGGUUUCAGGAAAUGGUGUACAUUUAUCUGUUCAUCA